AUGGACAUAAGGAAGUUCUUUAACAAGCCAAACAAGCGGCUGAAAAUUGAUGAUGGAUCUGACAUACCGAACAGUACCGAAAACAGUAGUAUAGUAUGCAGUCAAAAUGAUUUAGCUGUAGCAGGGCCAUCUAGCUUGGAGUCAGCUGUAUCCGCCUCUCAAAGAGAAACUAACGUUGUAACGGCCACCGCAUCGGAUAAUUUUGCGAUUGUUGAAGACAGUUUAAAUUUGGAUGUUGGGAACUACCUUGAUACUAAUAAAAUUUGUAGCUUGAACGAUCGCUUGAAAUUUACUUUGUUAACAAACCCAUGGAAGCCAGACUUCCUUGGUUUCACCCCAUUAAAAAGUUUAGAUGCUGAACAUAUAGCAAAUGCUAUUACUUUAACAUUAACAAAUUGGGGCUUGAACUUGGAAAAUGCAGUUGGCCAAGGAUAUGAUGGUUGUAGUACAAUGGCUGGGGAAAUAACUGGAGUACAUAAAAGAAUAACUGAGAAAUACCCAAAAGCUCUAUAUUUUCAUUGCGCCAGUCAUCGGCUAAAUUUAGUAGUCAAUGAUUUAAAUGACAUACCACAAAUCAGGAAUACAACUGGCACAGUUAAAGAAGUUAUAACAUUUUUUCGGCAGAAUGGCCAAAGAAGGGCAAUAGUGGGAACUCUUCAAAAACUAUGUGAAACCAGAUGGACCGAAAAAUAUAAAGCAAUUCGAAAGUUUAGUGAGCAGUUUGUUAGCAUCGCUGAAGCACUUCAGACUCUAUCGACUGAAGGUAACCGUGACACAAGGCAGAAAGCUUUCCACCUUCAUUGCGCAGAUACAAAUACAGCAUUUGUGAUAUGUCUACAUGUGAUUGCCAAAUACUCUGCCAAGUUAGAAAUCGUUACGCAAAUGUUACAAGGUGUCAGUGUAGAUAUUUUGAAGAUAUCAAAACACAUUCAGAAGGUUACUGAGCUAUUCAGUUCAGACCGACAAAAUGGAGAAAAAGAGUUUGAUAACAUUAUGGCAAAUGUUGAAACAACAGCAAACAAGCUUGGAAUCGAGCUCACAUGUCCUCACAACUUUAAGGAGCAAUCAAUUCUGUGGUUCGACCUUUGGAAAAACACGGAGAUAGAUGCCAAAGCCUUGGAAAAACUGAACUUAAUAGAGGUUCUUGAGCAUGAGCAUGCCUGCUUUUUGCCGUCAGUAGCAAAAGCCAUCCAAAUAGCUCUUUGUCUGCCACCAACAACUUGCACCAUCGAGCGAUCAUUCAGCACUCUCAAACGUGUGAAGACCUGGAUAAGGAAUACGAUGUCGAACAAUCGUCUAAGUGGGAUAUGCCUGUUAUCUGUACACAGAAGAAAAAUAAAAGAAAAUAAAGAAAACUUCAUGCAGAAAGUAAUUGAUUUAUUUGCGAUGGACACCAGAAGAAUUCAAUUAUUAUUUAAGUAA